ACUCCUCCACUUGACUUUUUUGACCUCAACAUGGCUGCAACGGAGGAGCCGAUUCCCCUCCGCAACACGAACCAGGCGAAUUCUCUCGACUCCAGCGAAGAACCGACGCAGGUCUUCCACGAGGCUGAGCGCUGGAACUAUCCUCGCUCUAAUGUAUUUAAGACCCUCGCCACCUUCUGGAGUUUUCUGGUUAUGGGUAUGAAUGAUGCAGCCUACGGGCCUCUGAUUCCCUAUCUGGAAAGCUACUACCGUCUCUCCUACACUGUGGUGUCCCUCGUCUUCUUCUCACCGCUAGUCGGCUACACCGCGGCUGCCUUUCUGAACAGCCGAAUUCACAACAAACUAGGCCGUCGAGGAGUGGCCGUGUUGACGCCCAGUUGCCAUGUGAUCGCGUAUAUCAUCAAUUGUUGUCACCCCCCCUACCCGGUCCUGGUCAUCUCGUUCAUCUUUGCAGGCUUCGGAAAUGGACUUGGGGAUGCCUCGUGGAAUGCUUGGAUAGGUAACAUGGCCGACUCUAAUCAGAUUCUGGGGCUUCUGCACGGGCUCUACGGUGUUGGAGGUGUGAUCAGUCCCCUAAUCGCAACGUCGUUGAUCACAAAGGCCCAUGUGCCGUGGUACUAUUACUACUAUAUCCUGAUUGCCUGUGCGGCCACUGAACUGGCCGUCUGUGCCUCAGCCUUCUGGGACGCAUCGGCAGAACGAGACAAAGCGAGAGAGCCACAGUCAGAUGAUGAAAACAAGGCGGGGCUUCGUGAAGUGCUGUUCAAGAAGUCUUAUGCGCGGGUUACCUGGAUCUGUGCCAUCUUCCUGCUGGGAUAUGUCGGCAUCGAAGUCGCCCUGGGCGGCUGGAUAGUGACAUUCAUGAUCCAGGUCCGACAUGGCCAGUCCUUCGCAAGUGGGAUGACAGCUACCGGGUUCUGGCUUGGGAUCACCGUGGGGCGCAUGGCGCUAGGAUUUAUCACCCCGCGCAUUGGCGAGAAGUUGGCAAUCAUAAUAUAUUCCUGCUGUGCUAUCGCCGCAGGUCUUGUCCUCUGGUUGGUCCCGAACUUCUACUCAUCCGCAGUGGCUGUUUCUCUGCAAGGAUUCUUCCUGGGACCGUUCUUCCCGGCUGCGGUGGUGGUGGCUACCAAGCUCCUCCCUCGCCAUCUUCACGUCAGUGCCAUUGGAUUCGCGGCUGCGUUUGGCGGCGGAGGCGCUGCUAUCCUGCCGUUCGCUGUGGGUGCUAUUGCGCAGGCACGCGGAGUCAAAGUGUUGCAGCCCUUCAUCAUCGGGCUUUCUGGAGGAAUCUUGCUGUUGUGGCUGGGAUUGCCCAGGAUGCCAAAGAAGAAUCAGGCUUGAGGAGAAUGAAGCUACGACUGAAGAUAUAGACUGCAUAUAAUGGUUGGGCCCAAGUAGAUAGAAAGGGGUGGAUGUUGGCCUGGUGGUAUGGAUGAGGAGGCAGGCCAAUCUAAUGGAGCAGAGUCAUUUGGUGUGUAUAUAUGUGUUCAAAGUAGCAACGCUCUACGGAAU